GGCUGGGUAGACCGGGAUCUGAGAACAGUUCGGAGCCGAGGUCGGGAAGAGAGUUAGGGAGUGAGUGAGCAAGUGAGCUAGGGAUCUGUCUGUGAGUCCGUCGGGGCGGCUGCACGCGCGCUUCUCCGAGCCCGGCCUGCGACGCUACAAGGUCAUGGCCACCCAGGAGCUUGCCCUGAAGCUGCAGCGGCGGCUGAGGCUGGAGCAGGAGUCCGAGGUAGGCCAGCGGCCGCAACAGAACGGCCUCGACGGGGAGGACCGCGGGCUGCGGUCGGAGCCCGCGCGGGGCCGGAGCCGAAGCCGGAGCCGGGGCCCCCCGACCUCCGGGGAGGAGCCGCCGGCUAAGGAACUCACGGCCAAUGCCGACUCGGAGCUGAAGGCUCAGCUGAGCCGGCGCCAAAGCAUCCACGAGGGCACGGCGCGGCCCCGGCCCACCAAGGUCUUCAAACCGUACACUGAGUUCCCGGAGUUCAGCCGCCGGCAGAUCAAGGACAUGGAGAGCCUCUUCCGACGGUAUGAUUCUGGUAAGGAUGGCUACAUCGACCUGAUGGAACUGAAGCUGAUGAUGGAGAAGCUGGGAGCCCCCCAGACCCACCUGGGGCUUAAGAACAUGAUCAAGGAGGUGGAUGAGGACCUAGACAGCAAGCUGAGCUUUCGAGAGUUUCUGCUGAUUUUCCGAAAGGCGGCUGCGGGGGAACUGGAGGAGGACAGCGGCUUGAUGUCUCUAGCAAAGCUCUCGGAGAUCAACGUGGCCAUGGAAGGAGUGAAAGGGGCCAAGAACUUCUUCGAAGCCAAGGUCCAUGCCUUGUCUGUGACCAGCAGAUUUGAAGCUGAGAUCAAAGCAGAGCAGAUGGCCCGAAAACAGGAAGAGGAGGAGAGGAAACACCGGAGGGCUCUUUUCAGAGAGCGCCAAGCAGCCUUCUCCCAGUAACCCCUGCCAGGCCGACUGUGCCUGAGUGUGGUCAGAGACUUGCCUUGAUGUCCACCGGCUGUGCCUUACAAGUUGGCCUUGGAGGAAUGCCCAGCACCUUGUCCCCCAAGGAGGACCCAUCUCUUUGAAUAUCCAGCAUCCUUGUCAUCCCCAGCUACGAUGACCUUUCUUCUUGAGUUUCCUAUGCUUCGUGCCCCCGGGAUAACUGGUCCCCGUAAGACCCUGGGAGACAGAGUAAGGAAGGUCAAAGUUGGGGAUGGGAGGAGCUGAGUUUUGCAAAAAGAGGGAAAAUAGUUCCUUUCUUACCUAACCCCUUUUCCUCCACCCUUCAAAAGCUUCCAGGACUUUGCCAUUUUCGUGGUGGCUUUUACUUUCCCUCUGUCCCCUUCCUUUUAGCCAAGCCUUUCAAGGAGGAAAUAAUGUGCGGUCAUUUGGCCAAAGAAAGGUACAACUCUUCCAUUCUCCUGUGUUCUGUUCCCAUGUUCAGACUGAUUGCCUUCUCAGAGUGCCCUCACCAGAGGUAUACACUGUUGGCUUUGUUGUAGAUUCUUCCCUCCUUCCAUCAACUCCCAAAGGCAAGGCUGUUCAACCAUCCUUCCCCCUCACCCAGUGUUCGAGGUGGGGGAGGACUCCAAGAGCCCUCCAAAAACCCACGGUGUUGGAGGGAGGCAGUUCUAAAAGCCCCUCUUAUAUUCUGCCACUCCAGUCCCACAGGCUGUUAUUUAAAUGGAUGGAAAGAAGCUGCAUGCCCUGGGACCCUUUUCCCAACACCCUUUACCUCCACAUAGUAAUAUUUUGUCAGAUUGCCGAUUUGGAUUAGAGGCUUCAUGCAGCACACCUGAACCUAACCAGAACGCCUGCUCAUGGUUCUGGAACGUUUAAUGUACAGACAGGUGGGUCUGGGACCAUAUUCCAUGGCAGGCGGCCAUUCCAAGACCUCUGUGCCCCAAACCUUUGGGGAGUACGUGAGACUCCAUGAUUGUGUCUUCUUGUCUUCUUUCUAUCAUCCAUGGUGGGGCAACCCUUCUUCGCCCUCAAGAGUUUUCCCCUUUUGACCUUUUUAUUGAAAAAAAUCAUCAUGCUGUCAAAAUUGGGCGUUUCAAAGAAAGGAAUUUUAAUGGAUUUCAGAAUGACAAGUAGUUGGAGUUCUUUUUAUUGAUAAAAAUAGGAUGUUUGUAAGGUCACUCUUACCAGCUCGAUAUCUAUUAAGAUCCGAGGCUGUCCUUUGGCCAAGAAAUCAGUGUUUUUAAGCCUUCUUGGUUUUCCUUGCCAAAUGAAGUAUGCAAAUAAAAUAUAUUCUCUCACUGGCUGGCUUUUCUGCUUGUUGAAUGGCUGGGAGAGAGGAGGAUCACAGGAAUGAAUGGGUUAGAGGGUGGGUUGGGUUUAGUCCCUUUGUUACCUACUGUAAAGUGCCCUGAUGGCACCACUAGUUCCCUGACGUGCAGGAGCUAGGGUUAGGCCAAUAGAGUUAGAGCCAGAAGGGCCAACUCCCCAACAGAGGCCUUCAGAGGGGAAGGGACUUGUCCAAUGCCAUGCAGACAGUAAGUGGCAGAGCUGGGAAGGUCACAAUAGUUAACAGUAAUAACAGCUAGCAUUCACAUAGCACUUUAAGGUUUGCAAGGUGUUUUACCAAUACUAUCUCAUUUAUCCUCACAACAACCAUGGGAAGUAGGAGUAGUUAUGCCCAGUUUACAGUUGAUGAAACUGAGGCAGACAGAGGUUAAGUGACUUAUUAGUAUCUGAGGCUGGAUUUGAGCUCGCAUCUUCCUGACUCCAAGACCAGUCUUUUAUCCAUUUGUACCCCCAACAUUAGUGUGGGGAACUCACAAUGCUGGUCCCAAAUUCAUCCAUUAAGCAUUCAUCAAGCACCUACUUUAGCCAGGUCUUAGGAAUUCAAAGAUAAAAAGAAAAUUGCUGCUUCCCUCAAGGAGUUUGCAUUUGAUUGAGGGGAAUCUGCUUGUACGCAGAUUUGACCCCAGGUCUUCCUGAGUCCAGGCCCAGCACUUUCUGCUAGUGCUGGGGGGCCAUUAGUAACCAUCUGGUCAAAUCAUUUUAUAACUGAGAAAACAGAGGCUCAAGGAAUGAUUAAAUGUCUUGCCCGCAGUCACCCAGGUGGUAUGUCCAAGUGGGAUUUGAACCCAGAGCCAGUGUUCUCGAUCUCGUCUGAUCUGAGGUCAUUCAGAGGCUUCCCAUUGCUGAGCAGGGCAGUCCUGGCUGGGUGAACACUGGGCUUAGGAAGGACCCACCCAGAAUAGCCAAAGCUCUUCUACAAUCUACAGUACUGGGAGCAGGGUUUCUGUUCUUCUGAAUACAAGACAAAGUGCGCAAUUUCAGUCUCCAGAGAAGAAAUGGGAAAGUUGCCCAACCUCUGUUCCUAGCUUCUACAUCCCUCUCACUUCUAACAUAUAUGCCUUAUUUGUGCGCAGCUCUUGGCAUGCUGCCUCCCCAGUUAGACUGUAAGCUCUUUGAGAGCAGAGCCAGUGUUUUUGUAACCCAGGCUCUUAGCGCUGUGCCUGGUACAUAAGUGUUUAGUAAAUGCUUGUUUCUUGACUUGUAGAGGUGGGAGCCUAUGUGUGCAGAAUAUUAUAUACGCUAUCAAAGGUGCUUACUGUGUCAGUUGGGAAAGACUCACUGAAUGAAGAGUUGGAAGUGUAUUUGGAAAAGUCUGAUGUAAAAAAUACAAGGCAUCAAUAAAACAAUGUUCCAAAUAAAAAUGUA